AAAAAAAGGCGAAAAAGGAUUGGGCACCUCGCACCUGGAUCCAAACGCGGCCAUUAUUAUAAUCACAAAAUAUUUACACGUAUAUAUAAUGUAUAUAUAUAUGAAAUCAUUAUGAAAUAGCGUAGGUGAAAGGAAGUAGCUGUGAGAGAGAGAGCCCGAAGAUUAGAAGAAGAAAAAGUAAAAUAGGAAAAUAUUUGUGAAUCCUCAAAUUUGCAGCACCCGUUGUAAUCGCUAGCUUUACAAUUUUUAUUUUUAUUUUCAUUUUAUCUUCUUUCUCUACCCGUUAGAAAAAUCUGAUUUUUUCUUGCUAAUAAUUAGAAGAAAUCUGUAAUAUUCUUGAUUUUGUCCAUGGAGUUUCCGAUGGGGAAAUGUGUAUGUAUAUUCAUGUGUAUAUUGGCGGCAUCAGCUACGUCGUUUCGAUUGGUGUCUUCAUCAUCGACUUGUAAACGUGAUUCCAUGGAAUUUCUUCACGAUCUGAAUUCUCAGUGCCCCCUAUCGAUCCAUUGCUCUUCAUCCCCAAUUCAGGUGAAUGAAGAAUCCCUUGAAAAUGCAAUGAGCUCCAUUCGAGACAAUGAAUAUACUGCUGUUCUUUUCUAUGCUUCUUGGUGUCCUUUCUCAAGCAUCUUUCAGUCAAGGUUUUCUACACUCAGUUCCAUGUAUCCACAGAUCAAACAUAUAAUGGUCGACCAAACCUCUGUCUUGCCGAGCGUCUUCUCAAGAAAUGGGAUUCACAGCGUGCCAUCGCUUCUGAUUGUGAAUCAGACUACUAGAGCGAGAUAUUAUGGUCGUAAAGAUCUCCCUUCUAUUGUGAACUUCUACAAAAAAUCUACAGGACUGGAUCCUGUAGUGGAUAUAGUAGAAGACACAGAAUGCAAUCUGGAGAGUGACGAGCAAGUAUUUGGGGUUUGGAAAGGAGCAUCAUUGAAAGAGAUUUUCUCAAGGGAACCUUAUCUACUAGUCUCUAUAAUAUUUGUUUUGUCAAGGGCUUUUCUAUAUCUCUUCCCGGAGAUUGCAUAUCAUAUAAUGGCGAUUUGGUUGGCAUAUAUUCCUCAUCUGAAUAUGGGGAUCUUUGGAGAAUCACGACAGCUUAUAGGCCGGGCGCUGCAUCUGAUUGAUGUGAAGAGAAUUUGGAGCAAGUUAAAGGUGUGUAAGACUAGGAACUUCCACAAGGGAGCGAGGAAUGCCCGGGUUUGGGCUUCAUCCCUGGCGUCUGUCUCGUUGGGUGAGACGUCAUCAUCUAGAGCAUUAUCUUCCAAGGACUUGUAAACCAUUUUUGUACCAUUUGUUGAUGGGGUUUACCCUUUUACUUAUUGAUGAUGUAAUCGUUAGUCUUUGCAGUCACUGCCUUGAGAAUAUCUUGUGUAAAGACUUGAGAUUUCACUUGAAAUUUCGACUCUAGUGAGAGAAAAACAAGACCAUGUAAAUUUCUUAACACAAUCCUCCUUUGGUUGUAAAAUAUACAAGUUGGUUGAGAACAA